CUCUCUCACGCGCCCCCAUCCUCAAUGAGCGGGUUCCCAGAUGGAAGCAGAGGUGUUGAGCCCCCCGGUGAGGAUGGCGGACGUCAACGGCAACAAUAAGAUCAGCAGCGCCGAGCUGGAGGUGCUGAAGCUGCAGGAGCUCGUCCGGAAGCUGGAGAGGCAGAACGAACAAUUGCGGACCCGAGCGAACGCGGUAAACAACCUCUCCGCGGGGCCUGCGCUCCAUCUCCAGACCCCGCUGCUGCUGCGCGCCGCCGCCAGACACGACGCUCUCAGCCCCGCUCAGCCGCAUCCCCCUCCGGGGCCGCCGGAGGAGCCGAUCGCCUAUUUCCAGCCGAGCUCCGCGUCCCCCGACGCGGACGCGGAGGAGGACGGCGGCGCCGCUGGAGGAGGAGGAGGAGGAGGAGGAGGAGGAGGGGGAGCGACCGUCCUGGACGAGGUGGAUGUUCUGGACCUGAGCGCCGUGCUGCCCAUCGGAGAGCCCGAGAGCUGGUUAUAUGCGAAUCCCAAAGCCAAGCUGCGGUGCGAGAGCGCCCUCAGCCCUCUGCAGUGGUGCAGGCAGGUCCUGGACCACCCGGGGCCAGAGGUGGAGCUGGCCAGGAUGACCCUCUGCCACAGACUGGACCAAGCCAAGCGGUGGCGAGGCGGCGUCUCGUCCGUCCGUCCCUACAGCUGCAUCGAGGGCCUGUCGUCCACCCUCAGCUGCCCCAUCCUGCCUUACGCCAAACCUGCUGCACUACCCGAGCCCCCAGCCGUCUUGCCGUCAUCCAGCCAGUCCUUCCUCCAGUCGACCCCCGCCCUCAGAGCCAGCUGCAGCCUCACCGACAGAGCGCCCACCUUCCUGUCCAACUCCACCCUCCACAACGUGGCCCGGCGCCAUGCGGCCAUCACCCCCCAGUCUUCCGUGGACAGCGAGGCGGGCGUGUCGGAGCUGGAGGACGACUCCAUCUCCAUGAGCUACAAGCUGCAGGACAUGACGGACGUGGAGGUCAUGGCACGACUUCAGGAGGAGAGUCUACGACAGGACUACGCCUCUACCUCAGCCACAGCCAGCCGCCGCAGCUCCAGCUUCUCCCUGCACUCCCUCCGCCGCAGCGAGAUGGACCUGGAGGAGGAGGACGAGGAGGACGAGGGCUACGACCAGCUGCCGCCCCCCCAGCCCCGGCUCUUCCGGACGGGCUCCAUGCAGCGGGCCGGCCUGCCGCACUCACACACCUUCUCCAGUAUCAGAGACUGUCGGCGCAGCUCCAACACUCCUCAGUUUUCUCUCAGUGGACUCUCGCAGUACUGUGGGCCCUCCAGCCUCAUCUCAGACACACACACGGCGUACAGGAACAGCACAGACAAGCUCCGGAGAAGCAUGCCCAACCUGAUCCGAGCUCCCAGCAUGCCUAGCGUUCCCAGUAUGCCUUGCCUGGCUUCCCCUGUCAACCCGCCCUCCCACGGCCCCUCCUCCCUGCCGGCGAUGCCCUCCCUGCGGAGCAGCCAGAGCUUUGACUCGUCCAAUGGGCUUGCACGGCUCCAGUCCUCCAUUCCUUCCCCGGGUCAACUCAGCCAGCGGGUCCAGAGCGUGGGGAACUUCCCGACGACGACCCGACACCCCCUGAAGGCCACGGCGUACGUGAGCCCCACGGUGCAGCAGAGCCCCGCCUCCAGCCCGCUGUCCACCUCCGCCAGCCUGCACUCCAUCCCCAGCAGCGCCGCCCUGUCUCAGCCCCUGAAGCCCAGCGGCAGCCUGCUGCCGCAGGCCCUGAAGGCCGGCGCCACCGGCCCGUCCGCCAUCCCCCGCAGCUCCCUGCCCCGCCCCGCCUCCUUCGUGGGAACGAGCGCGGUUCCACGGGCGAGUAAAAUCACCCAGCCCACACGCAGUUUGUUGACUCCUCCAAAAAGCCUGGCUGCCAUGAGCGCCCUGCGCGACAGCAGCUGGAAAGACGGCUGCUUCUGACCCAAAUAAAGGGACGUUUUCCAAGUGCACAGGGUAAACCCGUCACGGCGCCCAGCCUCUUCCACUUGUUGCUGUGUGUGCUGACAGUCCCUGGUCUCGGGCAGUGAUCCAAGCAGAAGCGACUGUUAGAAUGAA